AUGACAUUAACUACUUAUAUGCGUAAUAUAUGUGAUUGUUCAAUAAAUCAAUGUAAUUGUCUAAAUUCAUUACCUACAUAUAUUGAACCAUUAAAUUCUAUAUCAUCGGCUUAUAAAAAUGAUCAUGAAAAUCUUCAACAUCUUCCUCAUCCUCAUCAUCAUCAUCAUUAUUAUUAUUAUCCAUAUGAUAAGAAAUCAUAUCAGUUACAAUUGAAAAUGAGACAAACAUAUACUACUGAUAUUAGUAAUAGUCGUAGUAACGGUUGUGGUAGUGUUAGUAGUACUAGGAGUAGCAGUGAUAGUAGUAGUAACAGUAGUAGUAGUAAUAGUAGUAAUACAUGUUGUAUAUCAUCUCCAAGUAAUAAAAGUAAAAACAUUGAUCCAAUGGAUUUAACAAAUCCAAUAAAUUCUUCUAAUGAAGAAUUAUUUUCAACAACAUGUCGAUUGUUUCCAUUAGAUAAAAUACAGAGAAAAGAUAGUCAUUAUGAAUCACUAUUGGAUCAUACAAAUGUACAUUGUUGGAAUGAUUAUCAACAAAUUGAUCAAAUCUGUUCACAAUCAUCCACCUCUAUAUCAAUAUCACCAACAUUAUCAUCAUCAUCAUCAUCAUCAUCAUCUAUACAGUCUACUGGAAAGAUUAAUCCAUUUAGUUUAUUAAUACCAUCAUCAGUAAAAACAACAUCUACAUCUGUAUUACCAAUUUCUUCAUUUCAAUCUGAAUCUAAUGCACAUUUAUUAAGAGUAUUGAAUCAUGAGUUGAUUCCAUGGUAUAGUGAUCAUAUUCAUACAAUUAAUCAAUAUCAUUCUACUAUUAAUAAUAAUAAUAAUAAUAAUAAUAAUAAUAAUAAUAAUUCAGAUUGUACUUUACCUAAUCAUUUCACUGAAACAAAUUGGUAUCCAAAUAUGUUAACAUUCAAUGAACAUUUGAAUAUAUUUGAAUAUAAACCAUCGAAUUUAUCAAAAAAUGACAUGAUGAUGAACAAAUUAAAAACUACAAAUAUUAUUAGUAAUUAUACUACUACAGAUACAUCUAGUAGUACUACAACUGUGGAUACUACUAAUAGUAGUAUAAUGACAAGUAAUGAUGGAUUAGAAAAAUAUUGGUCAACGGAAGACAUAAUGUAUAAUCAAUCAUUAGAAAUGAGAAAUCCACAGAUCAAAUCAAUACCGAGUCCAUGUUCUGUAAUAGCAUCCUCAUCAUCAUCACCAAUCGUACUAACAUCAUCAGCAUUGACAACUCCAACAUCAACAGUGCAUUGCACUAAAAUAUUGAAUCAAUCCAUUUUAUAUAAUAAUAAUAACAAUAAUAAAAGACCAAUUAGUAAUCCUAAUCGUAAACGUUCACAUACUGGUGAAUUUAAAACAAAUGAAUUCAAUAAUCCUGUCAUACAACAAUUUGUAAAUUCUAAAAAAUCCAGAUAUACUACUAACAGUAGUACUACUAAUCAUUUAAGUAAUAUUCAUCAUGAUAAACAUAUAUCACAUCAACAAUUUAUUGAUGAUAAUCUUAAUAACAGUUCGCUUAUCGAUGAUGGACUCAAAUCAGCAUAUAUUGAACAUGGUACAUUCAAUAAAACUCAAGGUCAGGAACAAAUGUUAAACAGCGAAAUGAACCGAAGAUCAAAUAUUAGCAGAAACGAUAAUAUUAAUGAUACAACUGAUGAUGAAUAUGAUGAAGAUGAUGAUAUCGCCAAUGAUGGAGAUUGUUUAAUGACGGACAAAACAAACGUAUCAUGUAAUUUUCAUAAAAUUCUCAGUAAUAAUAGUAAUAAUAAACCACGAAAAGAACGUACUGCAUUUACUAAACAUCAGAUUUGUGAAUUAGAAAAAGAAUUUACUACUCAUAGUUAUUUAACAAGAUUACGACGAUAUGAAAUAGCUGUAGCGUUGAAUUUAACUGAAAGACAAGUCAAAGUUUGGUUUCAAAAUCGACGAAUGAAAUUUAAACGAAUGAGAAGUAACAGUGUUUCUAAAGAUGAAACCUAUUCACUUCAACUACCGUAUGAUGAUGACUUAUGUUCAAGUAUGCAACAAAUUUGUUAA